AUGACGAGCAACAACAGCCUGACUCCCUCCUAUUUUCAGUUCACUGUGUUUGCAGACUAUGGGCCCCUCAGAUAUCUUUUCUUCAGCCUCUCUCUGUUGAUCUACAUGACUAUAAUCUCUGCUAAUCUUGUCAUUGUUCUGUCAGUCUGCCUGGAGAACCCUCUGCAUCAGCCCAUGUAUAUUUUCAUCUGCUCUCUGUGUUUAAACUCUCUGUAUGGUUCGACUGGUUUCUUCCCCAGGUUCCUGAUGGACCUUCUGUCCGACACUCAUUUCAUCUCACGUCUGUUCUGUUUUAUUCAGAUGUACGUUAUUAAUACUUACGUAGGACAUGAGGUGACUCUCCUCACAGUCAUGGCUUAUGACAGGUUUGUUGCUAUUUGCCAGCCUUUACACUAUCACAGUAAAAUGACAUUUAGGACGGUUCUGCUGCUUUUGAUUCUGGCUGUGCUGUACACUGUGUGCGGUUUAUGUUACUUUUUCUAUCUGGCUAUUAAUUUGCCUUUGUGUGGAAACAAACUGUACAAGAUUAUUUGUACCAACUGGUCUGUAUUUCAGCUCUCAUGUGAGGACACAUCUGUGAUCAACAUCAUGGGUCAGUUUGUUGUUGUGGAAGCAAUCCUCAUCCCCAUGUCCUUUGUCCUGUACACCUACCUGCGCAUUCUGCAUGUGUGCAGAAAAAGUUCAUCUGAAUUCAGAGGAAAGGCCUUACAGACCUGCCUGCCCCACAUAGUGAUCUUUGGAAACUAUUGCAUCUCAGUGUUCUGUGAGAUUUUACUGAGUUUGUAUAAGGUUGAUGAAGUAAAUCCAUCUGUAGUUAUUGCUUUAUCUCUGGAGUUUCUGAUCAUCCCUCCCAUCAUUAACCCUCUAGUUUACGGCCUAAACCUGCCUCAGAUCAGAGCAGUGAUGAUUGGAUUUCUAAGG